AUGAGUAGCAUUGUUCGUCAAUCAAAAUUUCGACAUGUUUUUUGUAAAGCAAUCAAACAAGAACAAUGUAUUCAAGAUGUUCGAAUAACAGAAGUUUCUUGGGAUUCACAAUUUUGUGCAGUUAAUCCAAAAUUUAUUGCAGUUAUUGUGAAAGGAGCAGGAGGGCCGUUUGUUGUACUUCCAAUAAAUAAGGCUGGUCGUAUAGACAAAGAUACUCCGUUUGUUGAUGCCCACAGAGCAGCUUGUUUAGAAGUUCAAUGGUCUCCAUUUAAUGACCACGUAAUUGCUAGUUGUUCAGAGGAUACAACAGCAAAAGUUUGGAUGAUACCAGAAUUAGGGUUAUUAAGAACUUUAAGUGAACCUGUAGUUGAAUUAUGUGGACACCAAAAAAGAGUUAAUACUUUGGCUUGGCAUCCAACUGCUGCAAAUAUUUUAUUAACUGCUGGAGGAGAAAAUAAAUUACUUCUUUGGAAUGUUGGAACAGGGGAAGCUUUAAUUGAAAUUGCGGGACAUCCAGACCAAAUAUGGAGUGUUGCUUUUAAUUAUGAUGGGAGUAGAUUUGUAACAACUUGUAAAGACAAACAAAUACGAGUUUUGGAUUCACAUACAGGUUCUGUUCUCGUAUCUGGAAUUGGACAUGAAGGUGUAAAGCCCCAAAGAGCAAUAUUUACUAAAGAUGGAAGAAUUGUAACUACUGGAUUUAGUAAACGUUCUGAAAGAAUAUAUGCUUUAAGAGAUUCAAAUACUUUGGAACCUUUACUUCAAGAAGAAUUAGACACCUCAAAUGGAGUACUUUUUCCUUUAUACGAUGAAGAUUCUGGUUUAUGUUAUUUAGUUGGGAAAGGUGAUUGUGCAAUUCGUUAUUAUGAAAUUAAUGAUGAUGCUCCAUAUAUGCAUUAUAUAAAUACUCACACAACAUCUGAACCUCAAAGAGGGUUUGGAUUUAUGCCUAAAAGAGGAGUUAAUUCUAAUGAAAAUGAAAUUAAUCGUAUUUACAAAAUAACAACAAAAGGUGUAAUUGAUGUAUUACAAUUUUUUGUCCCAAGAAAAUCUGACCUUUGGCAGGUAUUUUAUAAGUUAAAAACAAAAAAACAAAUUUUCUUAAAAAAGAGUGAUUUAUAUCCUGAUACUCGAAGUAUGGUCCCCGCUCUAACAGCAGAACAAUUUGCUGAAGGGAAAAACGCCCCACCAAAUCUAAUGCCUGUAAAUCCUGAGGCGGCAUCUGUAAAGCCAAAAGUGCAGGUGGCAAAGAAGGCAAAUAUUUUGGCUCAAAUGCCUGUUCAAGAAUCUUCUCCACAACAAAAUAACCAUCCUCCUCCCCAACAACGUCAAAUUUCACCUCAACAACAACCAACGGCACACAAAGAUACAGGAAUUGUUCGACAAACAAGAGAGCCUUCACCUCCUCCAAAUCCAACACACCCAAAACAACAAGUUCAAUUAAAAUCAAGAGAGCCACCCGCCAGCGGGGGUGCUCUGACUGCUGGGCAAAAACGGGCAGCCGCAGAAUUAGAUAGAAUUAAAAGAGAACAACAAAUGCAUUUAGCAGAUAAUAGUGGAGGUACAAGUACAACUAUUCCAAGCACAACUUCUAUUACUCCAAGUAUUUCUAGAAGAGGAAGUAAUUCGUCUUCAGCAGCAGUAAAUUCGGAAGAAUUAGAAAAAAUUAAAUCGGUGCUUAGACAACACGAACGACGUAUUCGGUUGUUAGAGGAUAUGCUGGCCGAUGCAAAUAUGUGAGGAAAAAGGCUAAUGCUUAUGGAAUAUAAAAAAAUUCGAAAAAAAAACAAACUAG